AGAGCGUCCACAUAUCGGAAUUUGCCUGUCCUUGUCGGCUUCACGUCCAUCGAGGGUACUCAGUGCGAUAUUAUGCCUCGAGAUGGCGAUGCGGCCGUGAAAUCUACGACUCCUUUCACGUUGUUCACCGUCUUCCGAGAACACGAACGCAAACUGGAUCAGACGACACUCCCCAAUGGCUCAAUCCGCAGUGUCAAAACUCAAUCUAAGCGUCUUCAGAAUACCAGCCCUUCCGCGGUCGUCGUCAAGCCCAAGGCCCGCGAGUAUCUUCCGUUCGUCACGUGCGCGGUAGCGUCUUUUGUGGUCCCACCAUCGCUCCGGAGUUCCUGUGCGCGGCGAGCAACACCAAUCCUCGUCAUCUCGGGCCUCUCCAUUCCUUUCCUUGCCCACGCCUGCCAGCUGGUCGCCGGGGCGGUGUCGUAUCCUGAGACUUCUUACAAAUUUUGUGGUAUGAAGGUGGAACGUUCUCGUACUCGGAGGCUCCAAAAACACCGGGUAUCUUGCAGCCGUCCGUUUGCUAGAUGCCGGAGCAACAGUCCGGCCGUCUUUGACGCUGAUCCUGUAUUGCGCAGAAACAUCGGGCCAGGGAAGGCGCGCCUCGUGAAAGGCGAUAGAUCGAAGCAAGACGACGUCGCGCACGCAUGGGCAGAAGCAGCGAAGGACAAGCCAGUCGACACCCUGCUAUUCACCAUUGGAAGAACGCCCCGAUUCUCACUAACGGAAGGCUUCCCCAUCGAGCCGCACAGUCUCGUCACGCGAUGUCUCCUCAACACACUUUGCACGAUACCUAAACACUCGCCGCACCCACGCAUCGCCGUCGUGUCCUCUAUAGCGUGUCUUCAAGCCGUUCUGAGCGCACGCGCUCGCGAUGCCGCAUUGCGACAAGCUGGACGUAGAGCGCGUGCUUGCGCCCUUCGCAGGCUUCCCGUGGGACGAGGAGGAACCCGAGCCGGCGGAGGACAUCGUGGGCGCGAACUGGCGCGAGUGCAAGGGCCUUCCCGCCUCGGGCGAGCUGCAGAGCCGGCUCUGUUGACUCAUGGAGAGUGCGAGGCGGACAAGGGGAUAGCUGAGCCGUACACGGCGUCAGAACAAGAGCCGGGAGACACGGUGUCGCGAAAGGACGUCGGGAACUUCAUCGCGCAAGCGAUCAUGACGAUCGGGAGAAGUAUCAGGGGAAGAUCAUCAAUGUAGGCUACUGAGCGCUGUGUGAAUAUCUAUGUAGCAUACUGUAGUAUCUUGUACAACAGAGGAUGUAGUAAUAAUGUAUACGUAUCGCCUUGAACCCGCUAGCCUCCCAGUGCCUAUACCAUAGUCCACUCUUCGCACCAGAGACGGCGUAAUUCGACGGAAUCGUCGUGGUCAAUGUCGACUGCGGGCUUCCCCUCCAAUCGACAAGACUGCAACCUUUCCUUGAUGUUG